AUGUCCAAUCAAGAAAUUGCCCAUGCUGUUUCAGGAGCAGUUGGUGGAGCAUUAGCUCUUGGGAUCACUUAUCCUUUAAUUACGUUAUCAACCAUAGCUCAAACCGCAGCUAAAAAGAAAGAGGAGCAAGAAAAGAAUAAACCUGAGUUAAAACCAACUGUUAGUUUAACAACUUUAGAAAAAAUUCAUUAUGCAAUUGUUAAUAAUCCUGCUUAUUUAGCAGCUAAAGAAAUUAUACAAGAGAAAGGAAUUUUUGGUUUAUAUGCUGGAUUAGAAAGUGCAUUAUAUGGUAUCACUUUAACGAAUUUCAUCUAUUAUUAUUUUUAUGAAUUAACAUCAAAUGUAUUUAUUAAAGCAAAUGGAAAUAAACGUAAAGGAUUAAGUACUAUUCAAUCGAUAAUAACUGGUGCAAUUGCUGGUGCAUUUACAUGUGUUGGAUCAAAUCCAUUCUGGGUAGCAAAUACAAGAAUGAUGACCCAAAAGAAGAAACAAGAAGGUAAAGAAGAUCAAGAUAAACCAACAUCAAAUUCUACAUUUAAAGCAUUGGUUGACAUUGUUGAAAAUGAUGGAUUUGGAGCUUUAUUUGCUGGUGUAUUACCAGCUUUGGUAUUGGUUGUUAAUCCAAUUAUUCAAUAUACUAUAUUUGAACAAAUUAAGAAUGUGAUCAUUGCUAAAGGUGGUGCUAAAUCAUUUACUGCAGCUAAAGCAUUUUUCAUUGGUGCUUUUGGUAAAUUGAUUGCCACCUCUUUAACUUAUCCAUAUAUUACAUUGAAAUCCAGAAUGCAUAUUAAGAAGAAGGGUUUGAAAGGUGUUGAUGAAGAAGAACAAUUAUCGAUGAUUCAAGAAAUAAGAAAGAUUAUUAAAGAAGAAGGUUUAGAAGGUUUAUAUGCUGGAUUAGCUGUUAAAGUAACUCAAUCUAUUGCAACUGCUGCUUUCUUGUUUUAUUUCAAAGAAGAAUUAUUCAGUGGAAGUGUUAAAUUGAUUGAAGUUUUAAGAGCUUUGAGUUUCAGAAAAGGACUCAAAUCCCCAGUUGUUCAAGUUUAG